AUGAAAGAGGAUCAAGUUGUGCAGGAAGAAUCGGGAUUCCAAGAUGAUGAGGAAUCUUUGUUUCAAGACAUUGACCUGUUACAGAAACAUGGAAUUAAUAUGGCCGAUAUUAAGAAACUGAAGUCUGUAGGAAUCUGUACCGUUAAAGGGAUACAAAUGACGACCAGAAGAGCCCUCUGCAAUGUCAAAGGGCUCUCAGAAGCCAAAGUGGACAAGAUUAAAGAGGCAGCCAACAAGCUUAUUGAACCAGGAUUCCUAACUGCAUUUGAGUACAGCGAAAAGAGGAAGAUGGUUUUCCAUAUCACCACUGGCAGUCAGGAAUUUGAUAAAUUACUAGGAGGUGGCAUUGAAAGUAUGGCAAUAACAGAAGCUUUUGGAGAAUUUCGUACUGGAAAAACUCAGCUGUCUCAUACCCUGUGUGUGACAGCGCAACUUCCAGGAGCAGGCGGCUACUCCGGAGGAAAGAUUAUCUUCAUUGAUACAGAAAAUACUUUCCGUCCAGAUCGUCUUCGUGACAUUGCUGAUCGCUUCAACGUAGACCAUGAUGCAGUACUGGACAAUGUACUCUAUGCUCGUGCCUAUACUAGUGAACAUCAGAUGGAGCUACUUGAUUAUGUUGCAGCCAAGUUUCAUGAAGAAGCUGGCAUUUUCAAACUAUUGAUCAUUGACUCAAUAAUGGCACUUUUUCGAGUGGAUUUCAGUGGCCGUGGGGAAUUGGCUGAACGGCAGCAAAAAUUGGCCCAGAUGUUGUCACGACUCCAAAAAAUCUCAGAAGAAUAUAAUGUUGCUGUUUUUGUGACCAAUCAAAUGACUGCAGAUCCAGGAGCAACUAUGACCUUCCAGGCAGAUCCCAAAAAACCCAUUGGCGGACACAUUCUGGCUCAUGCUUCAACAACAAGAAUAAGCUUGCGAAAGGGAAGAGGAGAAUUGAGGAUUGCCAAGAUUUAUGACAGCCCUGAGAUGCCUGAAAAUGAAGCCACCUUCGCAAUAACUGCUGGAGGAAUCGGGGAUGCCAAGGAGUAGGUGGAGAAUUGGUACAGAUUGCUUCUUGGUGCUUAUUAGGAGCUGGAGAAAUGGAAAAG